AUGGUAAAAGUUCCAACCCGUCAAUUAGGCAGAAAUGGACCACAAGUGUCUGCGAUUGGUUUUGGUGCAAUGGGUUUAUCUGCAUUUUACGGAACACCAGCACCAGAUGAAGAACGUUUCAAAGUAUUCGAUCGCGCUAUUGAACUCGGUUGUACGUAUUUCGAUAGUGCAGAUAUCUAUGGUGAUAAUGAAGAUUUAUUAGGAAAAUAUUUCAAGAAAUAUCCCGAGCAAAGAAAGAAGGUAUUUCUGGCAACCAAAUUUGCUAAUGUAAUCUCUCCGGAAGGGAAAUUUUCAGUUCGUGGUGAUGCUCAAUACGUUCGAGAAGCGUUUGACAAGAGUUUCAAACGUCUCGGCAUCGAUUAUAUCGAUCUUUACUACGCACAUCGUAUUGACGCAACUGUCCCCAUCGAAGAAACAGUUGGCGCUAUGAAAGAAUUGGUCGAGUCGGGUAAAGUUAAAUAUAUCGGUCUAUCGGAAUGUUCUAGCGAUACACUCCGUCGAGCUAAUGCAGUUCAUCCAAUAGCUUGUGUUCAAAUUGAAUAUUCGCCAUUUAGUUUGGAUAUCGAACGGGAUAGUAUUGGUCUCUUGAAAACGUGCCGUGAAUUAGGUGUUGCACUUGUUUGCUAUUCACCGUUGGGUCGAGGAUUGUUUACAGGGCAAAUCAAGAGUCCAAAGGACUUCGAAGAAAAUGAUUUCCGACGAAUAAUGCCACGAUUUUCUGAAGAAAACUUUCCACAGAACUUGAAAUUAGUCGAUGAAUUAACAGCAAUCGCUAAGAAGAAAAAUUGCACGGCAGGUCAACUGACAUUAGCAUGGAUUCUUGCGCAAGGUGAUGACUUCAUUCCAAUUCCCGGUACAACGAAGAUUAAGAAUUUAGAAGAAAACGCAGCUGCUGCUGAAAUCAAAUUGACUAAGGAAGAAGUGAAAGAAAUUCGCGAUGCUUGUGAAAAGGCGGAUGUCAAAGGUGAUCGUUAUCCCGCACAAGUGGCUUCUCGUCUAUUUGGUGAUUCUGCUCCAAAAAGAGCAUAA